AUGUGGUCGUUCUCCUCACAGUCGCCUUUCGCGCUGCAGCAGCAGCAGCAGCAGCAGCUGCAGCAGCAGCAGCAGCAGUUGUUGCAGCGCCAGCAGCAGCAGCAGCAGUUGCUGCAGCGCCACCAGCAGCAGCAGCAACAGCAGCCAUUGCAGCGUUUCGGUUCCUCUGGCAUUCGUCUCGAACGCCCUUACCAGCAACAGCAGCAGCAGCAGCAGCAGCAGCAGCAGCAGCAGCAGCUUGAGUUCACGAAGCUGCUGCGCCACGCACCGCACUCUCUGGGCAGCAGCAGCAGCGGGGCCCUCGCCUCUAGACUGACCUCUUGCGGCCCCAGCCGCUCUGUCAGCAGCAGCGUAGACAUCACCAGGCCUCACAGCAGCAGCAGCAGCAGCAGCAGCAGCAGCAGCAAUGUGGGUUUCGCCAACCUCAACCCAGAUGCCCCCUUCAGGCUCAGCAGCAGAGGCAGCAGCAGCAGCAGCAGCAGCAGCUUGGGCCACCCCUACCUGGAGGCCUCUCGCGCGCAGCAAGACCCGUAUGCUGCAGAGCUGCUGCCAGACACAGCAGCAGCAGCAGGAGCAGCAGCAGCAGCAGCAGCAGCAGCAGCAGGGGGGGUCUUGUCCGGGGAGUCGAACUCUCUGCCCCCCGACGAACUCACCUCGGGCUCUGUGCAUGCGCAGCCAGAGGGGGGGGCCCCCCUGGGGGGCCCCCCGGGUCUGUCAACAGGGUACUUGGGGGGCCCCCAAGGGGGUUCUUAUUUGCGAUUUAAGGGCAGAAGCCUCUCUUGCUUCUCCGUGUCUGAUGAGGGGGGCCCCCCUGCUGCUGACCUCCGCAGAGUUCGCUUUUCGCUGAUGGAGGGGCCUGCGUUGUCUCCUGCUGCUGCUGCUGCUGCUGCUGCUGCUGCUGCUGCUGCUGCAGCAGGCGGCGCAAAGGCCGCGGCGCCCCCCAGGGCUGCUGCGCUGCAGCGCCGCAUGAGCGACGGCGGCGCCGUCGGCAGAAGCGCCCCCACCCCAGCAGCAGCAGCAGCAGCAGCAGCAGCAGCAGCAGCAGCAGCAGCAGCAGCAGGCAGCAGCCAAGGAGUCAGUGGCUACCUCACUCUUAGCCUCGAUGCUGCUUCUGUGGGGGCCUCCGGGGCGGUGCAGCCCAGCGACGUUUUCAGCCGCAUGGAAGUUGUGGCUGUCCCCGAAGGCUGCUCCAGUACUGCCGUAGGGACCCAUGUCUUGAUGCAGCUGCAGGAGAGCGCGCAGCAGCAGCAGCAGCAGCAGCAGCAGCAGCAGCUGCAGCGGACAGAGUCUGCGCGUGCUGCGGAAGCCGCAGCAGAGGCUGCCGCUCAAGAAGCAACAGCAGCAGCAGCAGACGCAGCAGCCGCGGCUGCAGCAGCAGCAGUUGCUGUUGCGAAUUCUGCCUCAGCUGAGGCCGAAGCAGCAGCUAUCGAGGCUCUAGCAGCAGCAAAAGAAGUAGCAGCAGCAGCAGCAAAGAGCCACCACGCUGCUGCUGCUGCUCCACCCAGUGCUACAUCGCUAACCACUUUGCAUCCGCUGCCGCCAAAGCAGAAGAUCCUUUACCGCUCGGCGGCCGCUGCGGCUGAGAGUUCCGCGAUGCCGUCUGCGCAGCCCGGCAGCGGCACCACCAGCGGGCAGCAGAAGCAGCAGCAGCAGCAGCAGCAGCAGCAGCAGCAGCAGCAGCAGCAGCAGCAGCAGCAGCAGCAGCAGCAUCAGCAUAUGACUCAGUCUGCUCUGUCUGCAUUCGCUAGGGCCUUUAGGCCCAGCGUUCGGCUGAUGGGGCAGCGGCUGUCUCGUCACAGUUUCUUUGCAGGUUCUUCUCUUGUAAGUCCUGCUGCUGCUGCUGCUGCUGCCCCGCCUGCUGCAGCAGCAGCAGCAGCUGCUGCUGCUGCUGCCCCGCUUGGUGCUGCUGCUCCGGGCGCAGGAGCUGCGGCAGCAGCUGCUGUCGGAGCAGCUGCAGCGGACGAUACGUUGCUGCGGGAAGAAGCAGAAGCUGCAGCAGCAGCUGCUGCUGCUGCUUCUGAAGCCUCCAUCUGGCAGCAGCAGCAGCGAGGAGCAGCAGACACAGACGUCUGCCGACUAAUUACGGCACAGGGCCACGGCCGGCGGGGAACCUUCGAGGAGCAGCAGCAGAAGCAGCAGCAGCAGCAGCAGUUCUAUGCGUCCCAGCAGCAGCAGCAGAAAGAGCACCGGCACCAGCUCCUGCAACAGCAGCAGAUGCUGCAGCACCUUCAGCAGCAGCAGCAGCAGAUUCUCCCGGAAGUGGGCCCGAAGAGAACAGAGGAUAGAGCGCUCAGUAAGGCGUAUACUCCCCCAGCAGCAGCAGCAGCAGCAGCAGCAGCAGCAGCACCUGCAGCAGCAAUCGCAAGUCCGCAGCUGAGUACUUCAAAGCACCAGGGCCUGUUUGGCUUCAGCCACCGACUGCUGCACUCAAUAGACAAGAGCGGGUCCCACAUCAAGCGCCAGCAGCAGCAGCAGCAGCAGCAGCAGCAGCAGCAGCAGCAGCAGCAGGGUCCUGCGCCUGAGCCGACGAGCCUGCUUCGCCGAGGAGGGAGUUUUGCAGCGGCGUGUCUGCACAGCGGAGCCCUCCUGCGUUCGCGCAGCUCGCUGCAGCAGCAGCAGCAGCAGCAGCAGCAGCAGCAGCAGCAGCAGCAGCUGGAGUUUCCUCCGUUGGUGAAGCCCUCGCACGCGCAGCAGCAGACGCAGGUGCCUGUGGAGUCUUCGUUGGUUGGCGGCGGGUUGUAUCCGCUGCAGCCGCUGCAGCCGCUGCAGGCGCUGCAGCCGCUGCAGCUGCAGCUGCUGCAGCAGCAGCAGCAGCAGCAGCAGCAGCCGGAGUACGACAUUCAGUUUGGGGGUCUGCUGGUGCGUUUGCUGCGGAAGCUGAGUGCGAAGUGUCACUGCCAGUUCGACGUGUGGGAGGCGGAGGCGGUGGGGGUGGCGGACCCAGCAGCAGCAGCAGCAGCAGCAGCAGCAGCAGCAGCAGCAGCAGGGGGCCCCGAGGAGGAAGCAGUGGUGGAGGACGGAGAGGGCCUCGCGGCGCUGCACCUGCAGCUGCUGGGGCCCCGCAGACGCUUCGCACUGAAGCUCCUGGAAAUCGACAAGACAGAAGAAAGCAGACUGAAGUACAGAACUCACAGUGUGCUGCAGGAGGGUUUGCAGCUGCGGGGUCUUUGCUGCCAGCUGUGGGGUUCGCGCGCAGCAGCAGCAGCAGCAGCAGCGCGGCGCAGCGGCCGCGGGCUGAGUGCGGCGGAGGCUGCGCUGCUGCAGCAGCUGGAGGCGCUGGGCCGCGGCGCGGCCGCGGGGCACCCCGAGCUGCUGCUGCAGCAGCUGCAGCAGCUGCAGCAGCAGCAGCAGCAGCAGCAGCAGCAGCUGCUGCUGCCGGGGAAGCUGCUGCCGGUGCCCCGCUACUUCUGGACCGCCAGGGGGCUGGCAGCCAGCGGCAGCAGAGUCCUCGGAGUGGCCAUGGAAAGAAUAGAAGGCCGGACUUUAACUCAAGUGCUGCAGCAGCUAAGAACUCCGUCUCGUGCUGCUGCUGCGCUGCUGGCCCUGGAGAUCAGCAUCAAGUUCGUGCGCAGCCAGCGGCUGCUGGCCUGCGAGCUGCAGCGGCCGCUGAUCAACUGGGACACGAAGCCGGGGAACGUGUUGGUGGAGCUGUGCAGGUCUGCUGCUGCAGCAGGUCCUGCUGCAGCAGGUUCUGCUGCUGCUGCUGCUGCGCUGCACUGCAUGCGCUGCGUCAUCAUAGACCUGGGCGACGCUCUCCCGGGGCCCCGCUUCCGCUUCCCCACCAGGCAGCAGCCGGGGGCCCCCCCCAGCUACGUAAUUUGCACCAAAGGCAGCUGCAGCCCCGAGUGCGCAGUUUUGGUCUUUUUGUUGGCCAGCAGCAGCAAAAGUGAUGCUUUUCGGAGGACUUGGUACGGCCACGCGGACUUGCGGCUGCUGCUGCGGGCUAAGCGCGAGAGGCUGCAGCACAGGUGGAGAAAGCUGCAGCAAACCGGCGUUCUCACUCGCAGAACCGCCACCAGCAGCAGCAGCAGCAGCAGCAGCAGCAGCAGCAGCAGCAGCAGCAGCGGCAGCGGCGGAGGUGGAGGUGGAGGAGGAGGCGCGGGCUGCCUGCAGCAGCAGCAGCGCGAAAGCGCCGCCGCGGGGGCCGCUGUCCCGCGCGCCCCCCCGCCGCCCCCGCAGCAGCAGCAGCAGCAGCAGCAGCAGCAGCAGCAGCAGCAGGAGCAGCAGGAGGAGCGGGAGAAGGGCUACUGGGAGGUGGAGUUCAGCGAGUACAGCGUGGUGUUCUCGACGGGGCUGGUGAUUGCGCAGCUGCUGGGGGGCCCCAACUUAAUUCAUGUUGUUGAAAAAAACGAAGUUUUAGUUUUGGACAUGUUAUGUGAAUGGGGCUUUGAAGGCAGCAGCAACUUGUUCAGCAAACGGCCCAACGUGGGGCCCUCCAGUUUGCUGCCGCAGCAGGGGGCCUUUGCGCAGGAGCCGUGGCUGUCGCUGGUCCGUUUGCUGCUGCAGCAAACUCUGGCUUUUUGUCCCUCGGAGAGGUGGACUUUGGGGGCCCUUGAGAGGUUUUUGGUGGCUUUCCACAGGGCCUAUAAGGAAUAUACUCAAGGCAAUGCUGCUGCUGCCAAGCUGCUGCUGCAGCAGCUCACGCAGAAGACGGACACCCCGCAGCAGCAGCAGCAGCAGCAGCAGCAGCAGCAGCAGCAGCAGCAGCACGCACACGCACAAACCGCAGCAGCUGUCAGGGCGGGCAGGGACGCCUGA